AUGGCGGAUCUGGAGAACCAGAUCGAGAGGCUGGAGUCGCAGGUCGCUGACGAGGCGGGGAAGCGCAAGCGCUGGCGAGACGAGAACGUGCGGCGGCGGCACAACUACAUCCCCUUCCUGUUCAACUUUUUGAAGCUCCUGGCCGAGAAGAAGCAGCUCAAGGGCCUGAUCGAAGAUGCGGCCGCGCGGCAGAAGCAGAGGGAGGCGGCGGCGGGCGGCGGCGGCAAGGACGAGCGGGGCGGGGCGGGCGCCGAGGCGGCCGGGGGCGGGGAGUGA